CUUUCUGACUGUAUAAAGUAUCAUGUUACAGUGAUGGAGAGUUACUCUUAACUCGUAUCCAUAUGUCCUUUUCUCUUCUAUACUAGGCUGUCCUGUACUUUUUUGUAAACAAUAAAAAUGUUCAUGCUCCCGACGUUUUUUGCCAUGUUGUGCCAGUAUCCGAACGAGGCAAAACUACCCGUGACCUCGUACUUACUAUCAUUUACUUUGAGAUAAUUACUAGCAGUUACUUUCGGACGAGAUCCCUUUGUAGCCGUGGGUCUUUCCACACACGCACUGCGAGUACAACCAACUGCGUUUUGCAACAGCUUGCAGAAGAUCGGAGAAAAGCCACUAGCGGCUGCAUUGCCACUGGCGUUCAUACAUUUGGGUGGAAGAGUAUGAUCGUUGUGGACGCAGAACUGGAGGGUGAGUGAUUUGAGAAGCUGUGCGAGACGACUAAGAAGCUAUUGCAUGGGAAAGGACGCCAUGCGACUUCGAGGUACCGGUAUGCCGCGGAGACGCGUCGAGUCUGGUUUCUGCCCAUCACCGCGGACGAUAAUCUUCGUCCUCGCCCUGGUGCUGAGCGGUUAUGUUUUCACGCAUUGCCUGGGUCGGAACAGGGGUAAAUGCGCGGUGCCGAUGUUCUUGGGUGGCUCGCCAGAGCGAACUGCACAGGCCGGUGCGGCGGAGAAAGAACACAGUCCUGAUGCUGCUGCUGCUGCUGCCCCUGGGGCUGCCAAGGAUGAGACUUCUGUGGAGAUGGCCGCAAACAAAAUAGAUCAGCUCCGUGCAGCGGUGAAAACUGUACCACCAGAGCUUCUGAAGACUAAAGAUCCUGCAACAGUAGCAGUGGUGACCCAGGAAAGGCAGCCGAGUCACCACCUGGCAAUCGGCGCGGCUGUUGCCGCAGCCAACGUGAAGACAGCAAGAGCAGAGCCGGACUUGGCCAGCAUGGAGGAUCGCAAGGUAGUGCCACUGCAUCAGCUUGAGCCAGAAGUAACGAGAGAACUCACAUCGGCGCCGCCACCAUUACCGGCAGCGGUGACUUUAGCGGCGUCCACGCCUGAAGCGGACACCAAACAUCAGGAGCCACAGCAGGCACAUGAACAGCCGCCGGAGCCAGAGAGCAUGACGGCACCGCCUAGCACGGCAACCGCAGCACCGGCCCAAGCUGGCGGGGAUCGUCACAACGAUAAAGCGGAGGAGGUCGACAUCCACCUCGUCAAACAGGUGCAGGACGGUACCAGUACGAAGAGAGUGCACGUCGAGGCGGACGACAAGCUGCCCGGCGAUCCGCGUGGUGACAGCAAGGACCCGCUGCCCGGCCAGGAAAGAACACGGCCAGUGUUCAUGCACAAUGCUGCAGCCGCUGGUGUUGCCGGCAAUGGACGUUCACAGGACGAUGAGCACAGGGAAGACGCGGCCAAGAACCUACAGCAGCCCACGGAGAAACACGACCACCUUGCCGACGAAGAUAAAGAAGACACGCACAAAUGGCACUAUGUUGGCAGUGAAACGGAGAACAGCGACGACAAAAAGCCGUUGCCGACCAUACCACCGCCAGCCGGUCGACUGCCGUUUGUCAAACAGAUGAUCCGAACGGCCUGGCAGAGCUAUGUGAAGUCUGCAUGGGGUAUGAACCAUCUAGACUCUGUGCAAGGCCGCGGUGACAAUGAAGACACCAGCUUGGCCAACAUUCCAGUAGGCUUGUCACUGGUUGAGGCACUAGACACACUGUACAUCGCCAACAUGACGGAGGAAUUCCGCAAGGGACGUGCCUGGGUUGCGAACAACUUGUCAUUCGCCAACGCUGAGGGUAAACCUGUCGUCUCACAGCUGUCAAAGCGCUUUCUUGGCUCCCUGCUGAGUGUGUACGCAUUGACUGGUGACAAGGUGUUCCUAUCCAAGGCUGUGCAACUCGGCAACAUCUUGCUGCAAGCUGUUGACCCUUCGUCAGGUCUUGCGCGACGGGAGGUCAUUUUAUCCAGAGUGAAGCCAAACACGCCAGCACCACCCAGCCCAUCUGAGUGUCUAGUCCUGGCGGAAGUCGGUGGUCUACAUCUGGAGUUGACCUAUCUCUCUCAAGCGUCCGGCAAUCCUAGAUACCAGCAAACGGUCAGCCACAUUCGGCACUACCUGUCCAGCAAAUUCCAAGAAGCGUUGCCCGGCAUACCGUAUUCAAGGUUUCACUUAAAGAGAGAACAGCCGACCGCUGGCAAACUCACUGACACACCACUGCCGAAGCUAUGUAAUGGUAGUGCCACUGUGGCUGGCGAUGGAGAUGAGUACUUCAACCACUUGGCAAAGUCAACACUUCUGUCGCCGCCGGAACCAGCCGACGCCGGGACACUUGUCAAAGCACUGGAUACCAUUAGGAAGUUGUUCCUGAGGAAGCUAUCGUUUGGAAACACCUCCUAUACGUACGUGACAACACCAGAGCACAGUGGCGACUUCAACCAAAGCACUUGCUACGUUGGAACUGUGUUUGCUCUGGCUUCAAUCGCCAAUACGCGGAGCGCAGGCGAGUAUCUGAAACUCGCCGAGGACAUUGCGAACACCUGCCGCAUGCUUCAGGUGAAAUCAGACUUCAACCUGGGCGUGGAAAGUGUAGCGUUUUCUCAGGAUGCCAAGCCCAGUGGCAAGCUGUUUGCUGAACUGAACUCGCAACUCAGCCUCCGCUCCGAGGUGGCCGAGCUGUACUUUGUUCUCAGCCGUAUCACUGGCAAGAAGCAGUACAAGACGUGGGCAAUCGAAAUGGCCCAGGCAAUAGACGAAUGCUGCCGCCUAGAUGGCGGAUUCACCGUGCGCACGGGUAGCAAGAGCAGCGACUUGCCAAACAAAGGCAAUCAGCCAUCACAUCUUCUAGGUGCCACCCUCAAGUUCCUCUACUUGACGUUUACUGAGGACUCGGUGAUGUCACUGAAGAAGUGGGUCUUCAGUUCAGCCGGCCACGCACUGCCAAGAGCAGCCCUGCCAUCCCUGGCAGCAAACAGCAGAAGAACAUUCAGAAAGCAGCCCUCACUGAAUCAAGGUGCAAGGCCGAGGAUCAACAGCAAUGGUGGAGCUGUGAGAGCUCAGGCUGUUGGUAGAUCAAAGAGUCUUGGGCAUAGUGUUGAUGAUGACGGCGUUGGCCGAAAACCGCUUAACAGCCGAAGACUGGGCAGGCCACGUCGACCUCAAGAUAUUGGCCAGUUUCAGAUGAAGCAAAAUCCUGAUGAAUCCUAUGGACGGGAACCACAAGCAGGUCAGAACAGACUCCGGCACAGUGAAGUUGCAGAAUAUAAUGCCGUCAACCGUCGGCAGGGUGGUCGCCGACAGGAGAGACCCAAUGUCUACGCCAGACAACAAGUCAUACCCGCCAAGCAGCAGGGCCAACUACCACCCAGAGACUCGAUGCCUGUUGACGACGGUAGGUCAAAUAUGGAACAAAAUGUAGCCGGGCCACAACAGCAGGGUAGGGGUGUGGAUGAUCCGCAACAAUACUACCCUGCCAGGGUGGUGCGACAACGAAACCGUCCAGUGCUAGAUGGUGCUGCGCGGGGUCGACAACCGAAUGCUGGGUACAGCCGGUAUGACGUGGAGCGAGAUUCAAGUCGGGGCCAGCCUCGAAUGGCACCUGUCAGGGAAGACUCGCGCUAUAUUGAGAACAAAGCAGUGCGCAGGCUAGAGCCUGUAGAACAGCAGGUCAACCAGCCAGUACACCAGAUGGUGAAGCAGAUGCAGGGCCAAGGCGACCUGGCGUAUGCCCGUGAUAGCAGACAGCGAAUUGCACGGCCCGCCUUGAACAGUGCUGGGGGCAGCCAAGUCCAGCGGCGGCCCAUUCAAGGUGGUGUGGACGAGGAGGUCCAAGGCAAUGUUGACCGGCGUGAUAUGCCAGGAAGGAUGGACACGAUGCAUCACAAUGCAGGUCAGAGAGAACCUGUCAGAUACAUGAAGCAGCAGCAGCAACAGCAGCAGCAGCAGCAAGAUCUCGGUGAUGCGGUGAUCCGAAACAACCCCACCGGGCAGCAGUUUGCAGGCCAGCCCGAGGCACGGCGACGUUUCGUGAAGGGCAAUGAUCUACCUCAGCAACCACUGCGAAGGAACCUCAGAGAAGACAAUGAACGUAGAGCCAGGGAUGCGCUAGUGCAACCCCGGCGCAGAGUUGCUUCAAAUUCUAGACUCAGAGCUGGAUCACAGAAGAGGAAUCUGAAUCCUGGUCAUGUGCGGAAUGGGAGCUAGAUGCUCGGUGUACACAAGGGACGGUGUGGCAAUGGAGCCAUUGCCACACCGUUGUGCAUUUCUUGUUCAGCAUCAGUCCUCCGAAUAGCAAGCACUGUCCGUCCUCAAGUCAGCGUGCAUGCUUCCUGUUUGGUGGAGCAUGUCAUUCUGCGUUUGAUCAUCUCUUGAGAUGUGAUCCCGAGCAGGACUCGAUCAGACAGCAUAACUGUUGAUCAGAGUAUGCGUCUAGACUGCAUGCCCACUGCAGUAGACACAGGCAAGAUGCUGCGGCCAGCUGUUAGAAACUAAGCUAGCGCCGCCGGGCAAGCCGUAAAUAUUUGCUUCUGGGCCUAUACGAGACGAGUACAACGCCCGCAGGAGUCUGAGUGGUGGUUUGUUGCCACCGCUCUGUUCCGAGACCCAUGGCCAGGGUGUAUCUGUGCACAGAGUGUUCUCUAUCUCUCUCUCUCUCUAUCUCUCUCUCUCUCUCUCUCUCUCUCUCUCUCUCUCUCUCUCUCUCUCUCUCUCUCUCUCUCUUACUCACUCACUCUCUCUCUCUCUCUCUCUCUCUCUCUCUCUCUCUCUCUCUCUCUCUCUCUCUCUCUCUCUCUCUCUCUCUGUGCAGUGUGGAGGCACUGUAUGUGUCUAACAUGAAACUACACGCCCUUCGAACUAUCUCCAAAUUAAGAUGGCGUCGCAAGAGAAAGCAGCACGUGCCAUUGGUAACGUUAUAUGGCACCGCUGUCUGAAACUGGAGUAAUGGUCCCGAGCGGGUUGCAAGACCCAUCUUCCUUUUCCGUUAUAUACCAACUAUACUGCAGCUAACGCAAAGUUUAUAUAUUUUUUCAUAUUCAGCGUGUCUAUCUUUCCUGCUGGCUUCCAGAUUUCUAUCUAACCCUGUUUCCGGAUCUCUUCACACAAAAACAGUAAUCACCAAAACUGCACUGCUGCUGCUGCUGCUGUUGAAUGAAACCCAGGCUGAUGAACUAGCUAGCCCCUGCACACCACCCAUGCGAGGCCCAGUGUCCGUGUACGUUCAAGGGCUGGCUGACUCACAAAGCUUUUGUUUUCAUCAAGCAGUACUGUAGCAGCUAUUUCCUGCCAGCUUCCAGAUUUCUAUAGAACCAUUUCUUUCCUAUCUCCACACAGAUUCCACCAAGAACCUCCACCCUGUUAUUUACAGCCUCUAAUAUAAGGAUUCAUUGUUUGAGAGAAUAAUUUCCUCGGACACAAGAAUGCAAUGUUUGAGAGAUAAUAUAAAGAAGAUCAGCAGGCAGUCCAUUUUGCCUGUCUUCA